AGGAGGAGAGAGAGAGAAAGAGAAAGAGAGGCACACAAAAAAAUGGCUACAGUGUCAAGCUUGAUGGAAAGUUGACUUCUUUUUCUGUCUCGCAAUACAUUCCUACAGAGACACAAACACAAAUUUAUACAGAAAUCCAUAAAUAUACAUCCAUAUAUAUUUAUAAUAGCCAGAUAAAAAAAAAAUGCGUGUUUGAGAAGGAAAGAAAAUUAUACUGAAUGAUGUUGAUACCACUGGUGUCUACGUAAAUAAACUUUCCACAGGCAUAUACAUACAUAUCAAUAUAUAUAUAUAUAUAAAUAUAUCUGUAUAUAUAUAUCUGUAUAUAUAUAUAUAUAUAUAUAUAUAUACACUACACACACGUAUAUAUAGAUGUAUAUAUACACACUGUUGCUUCUCUUCGUUCAUUGAUAUUUCUUCAUUCAUUGAAAAUAUCGGAGCACACCAAAAAGCAAUCUCUCCUGGACAUAGAAACACACAAAAGUGUGUGUAUAUAUAUAAAUAUAUGUAUAUAUAUACCAUGUGAUAUUCUAGACAUAAUAAUAAUAAUACUAGUAUUGUUAUUAUUAAUUAAAAUAGUUAUGUUUCAUUUAUUAACCCAGCAAGAGUUGACAAUUAUAAUUAUGGUUAUUAAAGAAACAUCCCGGUGAAAGAGAAAUAUAUAAUAUUGUAUUAUAUUAUAUUGAGAGAGGUAGAAAGAGACAAAGAAAGAACAGAAUAUAGAGAAAGGAGGAUUAAAGAGGAUAUUUCGACAAUCUAGUCUCCCCUACUACAUCAAACUACAUACAAUAAAAAAUAACAACUGCUGUUACCAACGACAACCACCACUACCACCACCUCCACUACAUCCAGCACCACUACUACCAUCAUUAUUGUCAUCGUCACCUCUAACGCAUUAUAAAUACUCCACAGCGUGUAAUAUUAUAAUAAUAAUAAUAAUAAUAGUAAUAAUAAUAAUAAUAAUAUAUCGGACUGGAACCAAACCGAACCAAGCCAAGCCAUUCUUACAGAGACGUAACGAAGCCAAUCAUUAACAACAGAGGCACCACUCUUUCUACUGCAUGCAGUACUAUAAUUGGAUUGAUCAAUUAAUUAAUUAAUUAAUUAAUUAAUUAAUUGUUAUUAAUGUAAAACAAACACUGGAAUCGUUUCAAACCAUCAAACAAAUACCUACACCUUUCUGUGACUACCAGUGGAUUAAUUAUUUAUUCUAAUGACUGGAAUUUACCAAACCAAACCAAACCGUUUACCAAUUCAUCAAUCAACCUUCGCUACCUCCACCACCACCACCACCACCACCACACUCCACUACAACACUCACCACAAUCAUCAUCAUCAUUGACAACACAGUAGUGAUCAGGAUGAUGAUGCUGGUGGUAACUUGUUGAUUGUCUGUCUGUCUGUCUGCCUGUCUGUUUUUCUUUCAUUCUUUCUUUCUAACUUUCUUCCUUUUUUCUCCUUUCUUUUUUCUUUCUCUUUCUUUUCUCUCUCUCUCACUGUCUAUCUCUCUCUCUUUGUUUUUCUACUGUUUCCCUUCCUUUUUUAAAGCAUUUUAUUUAAUUAUUGUUUUUUUUUGUCUUUUGAUAAAAUUAUUUUCUUGUCAAACUUGUGAAAAAGAAAAAAUAAACAAAAGAAAACAAAAGAUCUCGAGACACCCCACCCCCACCACCCCCAAUAAAAGUACACACACAUAUAUACACACACAUAAUACACACGCACAGUCACUCAUACACACACAUACACAGAUAUAAUACGCACAUACAUACACAAAUUAGACAGCUAUCAUACACACAGAUACACAAACCGACAUACAUACAUAUAGACAUAUAUAAUAUACCUUCACAUACCACCACACAUACACGUAUAUACACACACACAUAUAUAUAUAUACACACAUACAUAUAUACACACAUAUAUACACAAACACACACAUUAUAUAUAUAUAUACACACACACAUAUAUAUAUAUUUACAUACAUAUAUACACAAACACACACACAUUAUAUUUAUACACACACACACACACACUAUCCAUCCCAGCUACAACAGGUACACACAUGUAUAUCUGUUUGUACAUAUCAUUGAAGAAGAGAGGGCUUAGGAAGAAAGUCACUCCCUCUCUCUAGAAACAGUACUUCUAUAUAUACACACACACAUGCGGAUGUAUAUACUACACACUAAACACUAACCAUAUAUAUAUUUAAGUAUAUAUAUAUAUAUAUCUGUAUAUAUAUAUAUAUUUAUAUAUCGUAAAUUAAAAGCUUGAGAGACGUUGCCUGUAUUUUGGUGGCAAAAUGGCAGUGUCGGAUUACUCUGAGUCUAUGGUGUCACAUCUAUAUACACAGCAUGCAAAAAUAUGGAUACGUGACGACACCCUGGUAUGGCGCGAGGGUGAACUUGCCGAAGACUACAAGGGCCAGAAAUCUCUCAAAGUUCUUGUGUAUGAUAAAGGGGAGAAAGCUAUCGAGAUAAAGAAUAAAGUGGAUCUCCCUCAUUUAAGAGACCCAAACCUCAUUAAAGACAAUGAUUUGACUUCCUUGAAUUAUCUCAAUGAACCAGAAGUUCUACACACACUCAAGGUCCGCUUUAUUGAUAAGAAUUAUUCUACACAUAUUGUGGAAUUAUUCUGGGCUAUCAAUCCAUAUCAAGAUGUGGAUAUCUACGAUGAAACCACCCUAGAGAUCUACCGUUAUCAGAAGAUCUUAAAAAAUCUGGAUCCUCACAUAUAUGCAGUCGCUGCAGAAGCUUUCAACCAGAUGACUAGAUUCAAAGUGAAUCAGUCAAUCAUCGUUAGUGGUGAGUCUGGUGCAGGAAAGACUGUUUCAGCCAAACAUACCAUGCAUUAUUUUGCCAGAGUGGGUGGAUCCACCGAGACAGCAAUCCACGAUAAAGUAUUGGCAUCCAAUCCUAUUAUGGAGUCUUUUGGAAAUGCUAAGACAAUCAGAAAUGACAACAGCAGCCGAUUCGGAAAAUACAUUGAAAUUGCCUUCGGCAGUAAAAACUACAUCAUUGGUGCUAACAUGAAAACAUAUCUAUUGGAAAAAUCAAGAGUUGUAUUCCAAGCUCCAUUUGAAAGAAACUAUCACAUAUUCUACCAAUUAUGUGCUUCUGCCUCCCUCAAAGAAAUUCAACCAUUUAAACUAGCUCACCAAGACAAGUUCACUUUCACAAACCAAGGAGAAAGUCCUGACAUCAAAGAUGUAAACGAUGCAGAUAUGUUCAUGAAAACCAGAUCAGCUUUUGUUGAACUUGGAAUUCCUGAAGAUGAACAAAUGAAGAUGUACAGUGUUGUGGCAUCAAUUCUUCACCUUGGCAACAUUGUGUUUGUUUCUGGGGAGGAUGAUAGUCAGAGUUCUGUGUCAAAGAAAACCCCCCAUUUUGGUAUUGUCUGUGAGUUACUUGGAUUGAAUCCUGAAGAAAUGGCAUUUUGGCUGUGCAACAGACAGAUCGCUUCCGCCUCUGAACGGAUCAUGAAACCAAUGUCCAAGAAAGAGGCCGGGUAUAGUCGAGAUGCUCUCGCUAAAUUCAUUUACGCGCGGGUCUUUGACUGGAUUGUAGCCAAAAUUAAUCGGAAUCUCCUGACACAUGAAGACACCCAAAACUUCAUUGGAGUGCUCGAUAUCUACGGGUUUGUUCUAGUUUUAAUUAUUGAUUUUUUUUUACUCUUCUUACUUAAUUAAAUUCUUUAACCUGUAAGCAUUGACACUCACGUAUUCACACUAGAACAGCAGGAGUAUAGACAAGAAGGUCUGGAAUGGGAUGAAAUCAGCCACUACGAUAAUACUCCUUGUAUUGAUCUUAUUGAGAGUUCUCAGGGAAUCUUAGCUUUAUUAGAUGACGAAUGUAAGAUGUUGAAUGGAAGUGACGCCAACUGGUGCACAUCAUUAUUAAAGAAGUUGGCAAAAGCUCAGUGUUUUGAAAAACCCAGAACCUCUCAGACAUCUUUCACUGUCUGCCACUUUGCUGAGAAGGUCACCUAUGCUUGCCAAGGGUUCAUGGAGAAAAAUAUGGAUUCUGUAUCAGACUUACAAGUAGAAACUUUGAAAAAAAGCACCAAUCCAUUUGUAUUAGAACUGUUCCAGGAGAAGAAAUUGGAAAGGAAACUAUCAACCUUAUCUGAAGAAUCCUACCUGAAUCCACCAAAGAAAUCUAAAAAGCACAAACAAACUGUUGGUUCUCAGGUAUUUUAAAGAAUCAUUAAACAGCCUCAUGAAGACCUUGUCAGACACAAACCCACACUAGUGCGAUGUAUUAAACCCAAUGAUGAAAAGAAACCUUUCAAGUUUCACCAUAAGCGAGUUGUUGAACAACUUCGGGCUUGUGGAGUGUUGGAAACCAUCCGGAUCAGUGCUGCUGGAUUCCCUGCAAGGGGAACAUACGAUAAUAUAUUCUACAUGUUCCAACAACUCUUGAAUCUGUCAGACGUCAACAAAUCGGACCCACGAGAAAGUUGUGAGAAACUUAUGAAAACAUACAUUGAGGACCCUGAUAAAUACCGGUUUGGGAAAACAAAGAUUUUGUUCCGUGCUGGUCAGCUUGCACUCCUCGACAAACUGUUGAGUGAUCGACGCAUCAAGUGGUCAGUUAUGGUACAAAAGCAGGUGCGGACGUUCCUGUGCAAGAGACACUUCGAGAAGAUCAGACGUUCAGUUUUCUUACUACAAAUUUAUGGCCGUGGAUAUAUAGCACGCUUAGCCUUCGAAGAACGACGCAGGAUACAUGCCUCCAUUAAGAUUCAAGCUUAUUUUCGAGCGUUUCUUGUUCGCAAAGUGUUCCAAGAGAAGAAAAUGGCUGCCAUUGUUGUCCAGAGAUAUGCCCGGAGAGUGCUGGCUCAAAGACUAUUCCGCAGGUUGGUGGCUGACCGUAAUGCCACAAUUCUUCAAACCCACAUUCGUGCCUGGAUGGCUCGAAGGAAGUUUGACAAAGUCCGCCACGGUGUCGUCCUAUUACAGUCUCAUGUUAGACGUAGAGCUGCCAAGAAGGUCUUCAAAGAACUUAAGA